AUGUUUCACGUUUAUUGGCCCGCAACAGCCUGUUUAACCCUCUUCCUCAUAGUCGGGGUCAUCAUGGUCAUGCUGCGGUACGGCCCCAAACUGUGCAAGACGCGACACGUGGCCUUCGACGACGACACCGACUGGCAGCAAAAAGCAUACGAACAGAAAGUGUCCUAUGCUUGAAAAUCACUUUUUUAUCAGUUUAGUAUGUUUUCAGAUUGCUGGCGGACUGUUGUGUCUGGUUGUCAGGCAACAAGUCUAGUUGCUAAGCAACAGGUCUAGUUGCCAGGUAACAGUCACAACACUUUUUGCAGCAAUUUGGAACACAUUUUAGAGCUUUUUUAUGUAUUAUUAAUUACUAGCCAUAAAAAUGAUGCACUUUGAACUCACAUAAUCCGUCCAAGUUUUUAUAUUUUUGUAAUUUAGGAACAAUAAAAUGUUUUAAGAGGUUGA